AUGACUGACGAUCCAGACUCGCCUCACAGGCGUUUCCACCGUGCCCAGACUGCCUCGAGUCUGCAAUAUCCGACUCUUCCACCCCUGACAGCUUCUGUCGAGGAGUGGUUAUCACGUUCACGGCCUACCAACAUGACGUCAGAUCAACUUUCUGACCAUUCACCCAAAACGCUGAGUGAUAGCUGGGCGACUCUGAGUGUGUCGGACAUACGUUCAGAGGAUGGCAGCCACUCCGAACAAACCGAUACAGGCUCGUUGAUCGACCAGGCUAGCCCUGACGACGUUGCAAGCCUCGAUGAACGCUACAGUGGGAGCGAGGCCGAGGCCCAGGAUGAAGACCACCAAGAGGACGAUGGGAUAGACAGGGAUGAAGUGCAGUGCAUUGAAUCGGCCUCCCAGGAGCUGCCUGCCCUCUUUGCUGCCAGACGAAGUACCAUCGAUGACAGCACCACAACCACAAAGCCCUCCUUCCCCCAUGCCAGUGAUUCGAUCGAAUUCGUGGAGCCCGAGAAGUGGCCCGAGAUCGAGAGAGUGGAGCUCAAGCAUACUAUCCGCAUCUUCGAAGGUGCUGCAGCCUCGGAAUUGAAGAGCCGGCUGCCUUACAAUUCAACCGACUCCAUCCUCAUGGCCACGCUUCAACAGACCAUGACGAAACAGAGUCUCGACCUGGACAAACCCUUCCGCGUGCUCUAUGUCGGACAACCGGGAUUCCGAAAUAUUAUUCUCGACAAGAUCGGCGAUGUGCUUGUCUCAAGCUCAUGUGCUGGUUCAGAGACCAACUCGGCUGAAUCUUCUCGAUAUCAUGUCGUGCCAACAUCAUUUGGCGCCGGAGCUGUUCCGAACUUCGCGGAACUUCUCCCGAUUCAUGUCCAGCUGGUGGUUGACGAAUGUCUGGAAGCCACGGCCGAUCCCCACGCGGACCGACCUAAUACACUGAACCUGAAGUUCAAGAAUCGUCCGGUUUGUACUUCGGCCUGGAAUGGUUCUGACUACCAUAUAACGUCUGCAACGGAUUGGACUCUACCAGAUGUGGCAAUUCUCUUUGUCUCCGGCCUCGACGAUGCAGCGGCGGUCAAGACGCAGCGUCUUGCCCAUAUGUUCCUAGAACGUCAUGGAGUCCCGGCAAUGGUGAUUUCGGAGGAACCACUGUGGAAGAUGGCCGGAGAGAUGAUCCCUCUUAACCACAACAGUCUUCAUACAUGUUUAGAGUCCCGCCAUCCAGUUUCCGGUGAGACCGCAGUCCUUCGGCGGUAUCCUAUCGAUUUGAAGACUUUCGAGAGCAUCACACCUGGUCAGUUGAAUCGAAACUUGGCUUCUCUUGUCGGCCUGUAUCCGAGAAGGACACAGAAAGCCACUGCCGAUACUCUCAAGCCUCCUCAAAGGCACAUAUUUGCGGAUCUUGAGAAGUAUCCUGGUAAUUGGCUCCCGCAUUCCUAUGCCACGCGGGCCCGAGACCUGGCCCCCACGCUGCGUCUGGUUACCUUGACUCUCAUUUCGGCCAUUGCCAUCUCUAUUGGGUAUGCGGCUGUUAGAGUUCUGGUCGUCUUUCUAGUGCAAUCCUUUGCCGGAUCAGCUCUAUCCAAUGCAUCCUUCCCAGUGACUUCCCACGUCUCUCCCACUUCUGUUCUGUCCCUGGAUCGAGUGGUACAAACCUCAAUCUCAACACGGCCGUCAGCUUCUAUGCAAGCAUUGCAUGUGCCCUCGGGGGAUAUAAUCCCCGAGGAUGUCUCUGUGCCAACUAUUUCUAAUGAGAAAUCAUCGGGAAUGACGAACGAAUUUGAGAUUCAGGUUGUUGGAGACUGCCAUGUUAUCAUCAAGCCCCCAUAUAAGUUUGCAUCAUCCAAGAAGCAGCCACAAUUCAACGUGAGUGUUCAUAGAGAGAACAAGGCUCUUACAUACGAGUUGUCACAGCUGUUCGAUGGAGUAUACACACUGAAGUUGAACCGCGAGGAUGCGUACGGGUUAGUCAACUUGACAAUUACAACCAAGUCAAGGCAGCCAAUCAGUCAGACCAUGACUGUUGACUUCGGAACCCCAUGGCUGAAGAUCGCAAACUGGAAGCGUGCAGCACAGGGAAUUUCUUCACAAUUCGCCAAGGAAAUCCAUACGGCUCAGACCGGCCUGACUGAGGUAUACGGCCGCCUCUCCACCGAUCUGCAGGUGAUCGUGGGAGAUGUGGUGCAGAGAACCCAUCUCUUGCGCCGUGAUGCCGAGGACCUACGCCGUGAGAGUCUAAAUGCACGCGAUGCCGUUUUAUCACGUUCGAAGCAGAUCUCAGACGUCCUCACUCGCAAUACUAUCCAGCGAUUCCGAAGUGCUGCUUCUGUGUUGCAAAUGCGGUCUAGUCGCGUGGACAAGGAAGCCAAGGGCCUUGUUAAGGAAGCAUGGGCCCGAAUUGGGAAGUCAGCGCCGAAGUUUGACCUUCGCAGUAUGAUGGAUCGAGUGCGCAACGUCAGGAAAUGUGAUGCGCUGGAUCGAGCUCAGUCGCGUGCGCGACAUGUUAUGGGAUUCCGGUCCGGCAAAUCCAAGGAUUGCUCAACCCUUGGCUCGAAAUGA